AUGGCUGCUAGAAAGGUCGAGCUCGAGAAGCAGGAUCGUGAGCGCGAUGCUGCCUUCAACAAGGCUAUGCACGGCAACUCGGCUGCCGCUACUGGUGGUAUUCGUGCCAUGUUCUCCAAGGGUGCUGACGCAAAGAAGGCUGCCGUCGACGAGUACUUCAAGCACUGGGACAACAAGGCUGCCAAGGAUGAGACUGAGGAAACUCGCAAGGCACGAACGGCCGAGUACGCUACUCUGACCAGGCACUACUACAAUCUCGCGACCGACUUGUACGAGUACGGCUGGGGACAGUCCUUCCACUUCUGCCGCUACUCCCACGGCGAGAACUUCUACCAGGCCAUUGCCCGCCACGAGCACUACCUGGCUCACCAAAUCGGCAUCAAGGAGGGCAUGAAGGUGCUCGACGUUGGUUGCGGUGUCGGUGGACCCGCUCGUGAGAUCGCCAAGUUCACCGGUUGCCACGUCACCGGCCUCAACAACAACGACUACCAGAUCGAGCGUGCCACCAACUACGCUCAAAAGGAGGGUCUGGCGCACCAACUCAAGUUUGUCAAGGGUGAUUUCAUGCAGAUGGAUUUCCCCGACAACAGCUUCGAUGCUGUCUACGCUAUCGAGGCCACAGUUCACGCACCUGAGCUGUCGGGUGUCUACAGCGAGAUCCUGCGUGUCCUGAAGCCUGGCGGCAUCUUUGGUGUCUAUGAGUGGCUCAUGACCGACAACUACGACAAUGAGAACUUGCACCACCGUGAGAUUCGUCUCGGUAUUGAGAUUGGUGAUGGUAUCUCCAACAUGGUUAAGGUGUCGGAUGGUCUCGAGGCUAUGAAGGUUGCCGGAUUCGAAAUGCUGCACCACGAGGAUCUGGCAGACCGCCCCGACCCCUUCCCUUGGUACUGGCCUCUUGCUGGUGAUUGGAAGUACAUGCAGAGCGUCUUCGACACCUUUACUAUCGUCAAGAUGACCAAGUGGGGCCGAUGGACGGCGCAUCGCUUCACUGGUCUCCUAGAGAUGAUCAAGCUGGCCCCGGCCGGAACACAAAAGACUGCAGACAGCUUGGCGUUGGCAGCUGACUGCCUUGUCGCCGGUGGCCGUGAGAAGCUCUUUACGCCAAUGUACCUGAUGGUCGGAAAGAAGCCCGAGAACUAA